GGGAGAGAGGAGCGUCGAGGGGAGUUUGGAUGCGGAGCUGCGACGGUUCAACACAACUUCUCUCACCAAGUUUCAGCGCGGUACUUUUGGAAUACGAGCGCCGGGAAUGGAGCCGCGGACCCCCCGACUGUGCUGCCUGCUGCUCGGCCUCCUGGCAGGCUGGUCCUCCGCUCUGGAGAUCAUCUCGUCUGGGCCGACCAGCAUCGACCAGGCCAGCGGUCAGAGCGCGAAGCUGGGCUGCGAGUUCACCCUGGCCCCGGAGGAUACGGGGCCCUUGGACAUCGAGUGGAGCCUGGUGCCUCCGGACAACCAGAAGGAAGAUGUAGUGGUCAUCUUCUACUCGGGCGACCGGGCCUACCCGGACUACCACGACCCCAUGGCGGGCCGGGUCCACUUCCACUCGGCCGACCCCAAGAACGGCGACGCCUCCAUCAACCUGAUCAACCUGAAGCCGUCGGACUCCGGCACCUUCCAGUGCAAGGUGAAGAAGGCGCCGGGCAUCCAGACCCGGAAGAUGGUGCUGAACGUCAUGGUCCGGCCGUCUAAGCCCCGCUGCUCCACCGACGGCGCCACGCUGGAAGGCAGCAACAUCGUGCUGCGGUGCACCUCCAAGGAGGGAACCACGCCGCUCAAGUACAGCUGGGAGAAGAUCAGCGACAGCAAGCUGCUGCCCGCCUCCGCCGUGCUGGAUCCCGUCAGCGGAACGGUCAGUGUGAAGAACGUGACCUCCAGCGCGUCUGGAUCGUACCGCUGCGUCGCCUCCAACCGCGUCGGCACCGAGGACUGCGUGCUCCACCUGAAAGUGACGCCUCCUCCGAACACGCCCGGCAUCAUCGCCGGAUCUAUCAUCGCCGUGCUGCUCAUCCUCCUCAUCAUCGCCAUCGUCCUCUUCUGCUGCUGCCGCGCUCGCCACAGGAAGAAGUACGAGAAGGAAAUCUGCAAUGAGAUCAGAGAGGACGUCCCUCCCCCGAAGAGCCGUGUGUCGACGGCCCGCAGCUUCACGGUGGGCAGCCAGCGCUCCUCGCUGGGCUCCAUGUCGCCCUCCAACCUGCACGAGUACGCCCUGAAGACCCAGUACGACAAGAUCCCCUCCGAGGAGUUCGAGAGGCCCCCCAGCCACGCCCCCCUGCCCCCGCCCUCCGCCGCCACCGCCGCCGCCGUGGCCGCCAGGAUGUCGGGGCCCAACCUGAGCCGCAUGGGGGCCAUCCCCGUCAUGAUCCCCGCGCAGAACCGGGACGGCUCCAUCGUCUAGCGCCGCCUCCUCCCAGCAGGGGGCGCCGCGCGGCGGAGGAGGUGGAGAAGGACGUUAAGCAGCGGAGGCGGCGACGGGCCGACGCGCCUCGAUCUGCUCUGCUGUGAAGUCCAGAAACUUUUUACUGCAAAGGAAGAAAAAAAACUGAUGAAUCUGAUGUCCUGAACUUUCUCCCAGAUUAAUGAAGUCGUGUGGAAGUGAAGCAGAACGGUCAAUAUCCAGAAUCUAUUGUACAGCGAUGCAUGUGUUUCCUUCUUUUUUAAGCUCACUGUAGAGAAACUGUCUGUUCAGCUGUGUGCAUGACGUGUGUGUAGAAAUUCUCCGCUGUGUGUGUGUGUGUGUGUGUGUGUGUGUCUGGGAAUUAUGGGAGUUCGUUGAUUCUAAAUGCCUCUUUUAAAGUGUGACCACUUGUCAUGCGGGCGACCUGCUCUGGGGGGGCGGGGCCUAGCGUUCAGCCGGCCGGUUAGAACCGUUACUCUGUUUUUGAAUUGUCUCUGAGUGCAGGGAUUGGCUGGUGUGUGUGUGUGUGGGGGGUGUGGGUGUGUGUGUGUGUGUGUGUAGCAGUGGGGGUGAGCAGAUUAGUGCUUCUUGACUGAUCUUAAACUGAAGCCACCUCCACCCCCCCGCCACACCGGCUGCAUCUGGACAACAAGGUUCACCGAGCAAUCAGCUUUAAUUGUGUUUGACUGUUUGCAGCCUUCAGACCACCAGAAACACACACACACACACACACACACACACACACACACACACACACACACACACACACACCCUCCUGUGAAGUGCUGCAUGUGUAAUCCUCCUCAUUACAAGCAGCCGAUAUCUUGAUUAACCUCCUCGGCUCGGUCGAUAUCAACCCUUCCGCGGCUCACGUUGCAUUAAUUUAAAUGAAGGCCGUGAAGCGGCGGGUUCAAACACACCGGAAACGUCCAUCUGCUCCGGAUCGCUCCGUCAGCCGCUCCAGAUCGCACCGUCGUCUGCUCCGGAUCGCUCCGUCAGCCGCUCCACUCCUCCGGAUCGCACCGUCAGCCGCUCUACUGCUCCGGAUCGCACCGUCGGCCGCUCCGCUCCAUGUCUCCUGGCGGCUCUGCCGUCUUGGCCUUACUCCCCUCCUUCUUUUGAGCCUUUGGUUCCCCUGGAAGCUGGAUUCUGAUCCACUGUGCCUUCUCGCCCCCGGUUGUGUUGUAGCAUCGCCCCGCAUGGCCGCCGCCUCCACUGCCACUCAAACAACUGUCGAUUGUUUUCUGUUGCCUCAAUCAAAACUUUCACCUCAUUCUCCCUUGUUUUAGCAAAAACUUUUUUUUUUUAAGAACAACUCAGACUUUAAUAACUAAUGUGCUUUUUUUUUUUUUUUUUUUUUAUUUAAAGUGACAUGUUGGGUCCUGGCUGUGUUUAUUAACGCCCUGUUCAAUUCCCCCUAUCGAAUCACUGCGCAGAGGAAUGACAUACAGAUGUUACUAUGGAUGUAAAUGUGAUGCUGUGCUGGGCUCCAUGUCUGAAGCAGGAGGGGGCGGGGAGGCGGAGGCCUGGGAAUCUGUGUGUGUGUGUGUGUUUGAAGUCAGUGUGUGAAUGUAAAGGGAGGUUAUGAGUUGAGCUGCUCAGAUUGUCUUUAUAUUCACACACCAGGCUGAACUAAAAAAAAAAACUGCAACGGAGAAUAAAACUCAAACAGCUGGAACGGAUAAAAGUUAAAACUGGCUAGAAAAGCUAAAAACUGUAGAAUGUUCUUUGAAAUUUAAACAUUAAGAUACAGUUUUGUUUGCAGAUGAAAUUAUUUCGCUUUGUGAUCCGUGUUAUUGUCAUUUUCACUGAAAAAUGAAAAAAAUCAGACCUGCAGAAAGAGUCCUGUUCAAUGAUGUGUGGUGUGUGUGUGUGUGUGUGUGUGUGCGCAGAUCUUGUGGCCUCCCUCCUCCUGCUGCAGUGCUCAGAGCUCACAGGCAGAGUUUCCCUCUCUGUCAUCGACUACUAACGAUAUUAAGUGUAGCUCUGAGGUACUAAUCCUGUUGGGAGGCUUCGCCCCGCCUGGAAACAACCUGCUUUUCUUUUUCUGUGUGUAUUUUUGUGUUGUAUUUUUGAAUAAUAAAAGUCAAUGAAAUGGUG